GCAAUGAUUAUCCUUUACCCCCCACUACGACCCCCACCUCCUAUCCCAUGGCUGCAAUACCCCCACCCCUCUACCUCUGCUACUGCGCGUCUGGCAUAUAAAAGAGACACUUCAGUCCCUUUGGUCCAGUCUCCUACACCCAGGCAACAUGAGACCUCAGGUAGCCCUUCUCGUGCUGGCGGUCGUGGCCGUCGUGUCUAGCGCUCAGGAAUACAGCACUGAGGAUGUCAUUAGGAACCUGCAAACCACAGCAGACGCAGAGGAGUUGGUCGACUGUGUUCUCGGCUCCCGCCAGCCCCAACUGCCUUGCAGGCAGAUGUUCUUGGAUUUCAGACGUAUCUUGCCCGACAUCUUCGAAAAUAACUGCCGCACGUGCACGGCACAGCAGAAGGUCGUGAUGCAGGAGGCAGCGCUGUACAUGCAGAAGAAUUACAAAAGGUACUUCAACCGACUCUCACGGGGCAUCAGGAGGUCCCUCGGUUGAGCCGCCGCAUGGAUCCUGGCCCUGCCUUGGGGCUCUUGUCUUGAAAUAUAUUUUUUGUGAUGCAAAAUUAGUUGUCAUUAAAUUUAUGAUUAUCA